AUGGUGGUGCUCCAAGACCGUCGUCAUCUGGAAAUCAAAAUCAGAGACUUUGCGCUCAAAGCUGAAGAUGACAUUGAGAUACAACUAAGAAGCUUUGUUCUAGCCCAAGACGGAGAGUGUCAAGCCAAAGCCCGUGGGGAACUCCAUGAAAGCUUGCGAAAAGCUGCAGAAGAUGCAGAAGAGCUGUCCAAGAUUAUCAACAACAGCAGAAGCAGUGAACCCGAAGCGGCCAUGGUCACUGAAACUCAUCCAUCCAUUCAUUGGUUGAAACCUGAGAAUGUUGUGUUGGGUGGACCAUCCUCACCAUGCUCUCCAAAUCUUGAGGAUCAAUUUAAUGAAGACGCCUUCAAUGCGGUAGAAAAGAUGUUAUUCCAUACCUUGGAGCCAAAAAACAUAGUUUCAAUUGUAGGAUUGUCAGGCAUUGGCAAGACUACUUUGGCUAAAAGAGUCUAUGGCUCAGAUAUGGCAGAAGGUCACGUUCGAGCUUGGGUUACUGUGCCUCAAGAGUACAAGGGAAACACUCUUUCUCAACUAAUAAAAGAGAAAUUACACAAGCACUUGGGAGGUACUCAUCAGAAGCAGUAUUUUAUUGUUUUGGAUAAUAUACCAAACACCCGAGCUUUGGGUGAUAUCCUAACAUGUCUUCCUAAUGAUUCAUUCCGAAUCCGUAUAUUGCUGUCAACUCAGUUCAAUACUGUUGGUUGUGAUGCUGCCACAUUUGGUAAUGUGCAUAAAAUGUGCAUAUUAUAUCCAAACAGAAGUUGGGAUCUAUUUUGCAACAAUCUCUCUCCCAAAGAGCUUAGAGCACCAAAAUUUGUAGAAAUUGCCAAACAUGUUGUGAAUGAAUGCGAAGGGUUGCCACGGUCAAUUGUUGCAAUUGCAGAGCGUUUGUCUAAAUGCGGUUACAUUUUAAAGGAAUGGAAGAAGAUUGAAAAGGAAGUCGAGACAUUGGGACCUCUAUACAAUGAUGCUGAGCACUUAAGUAAGCUUACUCUAUCUUACAAUCAAUUGCCACAGCAUUUGAAAGUUUGUUUUUUACAUUUUGCAAUCUAUCCAAAAGGCUUUAAAAUCAAUGUGAAAAGGCUUAUUAGGAUAUGGAUUGCUGAGGGAUUUGUGAGGCAAAUGGAGUGUAAGGGAUUUGGGAGGCAAUUGGUGAAGGAUUUAGAAGAGGAAGGUUGCUGCUAUUUAGAUGGUCUUGUUCAUAGUGGUCUAGUCUCAAUCAGCAAAUGGAAACAUAAGAUGACUAAUGUUUGCUGGAUACAUAGCUCCUUAUGGGACUUCUGUACAAGAGAAACUAAAAAAGAGGGUCUCCUAUGUGCGGUGUAUACUCGAAAAGAUUUAGGAUUGCCAUUAGACAUGUUUGUAAAUUCAUGUCGUUGGUUAGGUUUAUACUCGCAUAAGUUGGAUUAUUACACGCUCUUUACUACAAAUAACCCUCGCUCUCUUUUCUUCUUUCAUGGAGAUUAUGUAAAGUCGGUAUCUUUCAAGCUAUUGAGAAUUGUGGCUUUGAGUGCACUUCAAAUCUUCAAAAUUGUGCCAUUGCAUUUAAGAGAUUUAGUUUUUCUGAGAUACCUAUUUGUACCACCGUGGUUUGAUGGUUUAGGUGAUGUAGUGUCAAACAAUCAGAAUUUGCAGACAGUUAUUGUUUCUGGUGGUGAGCCACAACUACAUAGAACUGGCCAUUUGUCAUUCAGAAUUUGGGAGUUACCACAUUUAAGGCAUCUUGAACUUGGCAAUUACUAUGAGGUGGAUCCUCCAAACUGGAAUAUAGAGCAAUUGCAAACAUUAUCGUGGGUUAGUCCAACUCAUUUCACAGAAGAGGUGUAUAGGAAGUUCCCAAACUUAAAAUAUCUGAAGGUUUUCUAUAAAGGUGCCUUUGAGCCAAGUAGCAGCCCUGGAUCUUACAGAAACCCCACCAUCAAUUUGGAUUAUAUUAGGUGUUUCUCGAAGCUCGAAACACUUACGGUUAUAGUCCCAGCAAACAGUAUGACCCAUUUAGAGCGGCCAGUGUUUUCUACAGGGCUGAAGAAGUUGAGGUUGAGCGGGAAUAAUAUCUCGAUAAUUCCAUGGAUAUUGAGAGGUUUAAAGAAAUUGGAGGUCAGGUGUAGUGCUGAUUUCCCAACACUAAAGUGUCUAAUCCUAAGACGUUGUUAUUGUUUGGAAGAGAUCCCAUUUAAUGUUAGCUUUAUUGACAUCCUAGAGACAAUUAAGGUGGAGCAGUGUUCCCCUCGUGUUGUCACUUCUGCCAUUAAGAUUCUGGAGAAGCGAAAGUGGCUUCGGAAAGAGGCAAACAACCCUUGGGAGGCGCACAAUAUCAGGCGUGCGUGCCUACUUCGAGUUCAUGCUUUCCUUACACCACUUACUGUUGUUGUCGACGACGUGAUUCAUGAUUUUAGCUAG